GUCAGAUCUUCAAGUGCAAUCCACAAUCAUCUUCCCACACACACAGUUAGUCAUAAAUAAACACCAGCACGUGCUGCCACACACACCCACACACACAAAAACGUGACUCACUGUGCUUCAGUGUGUAUAUAAAGAGUGGAGCAGCCUUCUUUAAUCACUGAUAACUGAAGAACAACACCUGACAUUUACCUGACAGAACAAUCUUCUGAUCUCCAUCAUCACCAUGAAGACUGUCCUGGUCAUCUCCAUUCUCCUCUGUGCUGCAUUUGCAGAAGCAGCAGUGGUGGCCCCAAAGGAAGAGAUGGCUACUGCACCAGAGAUGGAGGAGAAGAUGAUACAAGAAGAUGUUGUGGCAGAAGAUUCUGUCCCUGCUCCCAUUAACGCUCGCUUUAGCUUCUGCCCAGACGGCUGGUUCAGCUAUGGCUCUCGCUGCUUCAAAUUGGUCAACACUCCCAUGAACUGGUACAAUGCUGAGGAGCACUGCAAUAACUUGGAUGCCCAACUCGCCUCAGCCACCAACCCCAGAGAGUACAGAUUCCUCCAGCAGAUGACAAAUACAGCCGGUCAGAGCAUCGCAUGGCUGGGAGGCUUCUACUUGCAGGGCACGUGGUUGUGGAUUGACGGUGAACGUUUGUAUUACACUAACUGGUACUCCCAGGCCUCCCCAAGCAGCUGCCCCUGCAUGUACUUGCGCAGCACCAAUGGUUGGGGUAACAGCCGCUGUUCCUCUUCUUAUCGCUUCAUUUGUUCCAAGAGUCCAUUUGACUGUUGACACAACAUCGUAAACAUCUGGAGUCCUGUGCUGGACCAGCUGCCAUUUUUUCUGUUUAAAGCCAAACCUUUAAGUUUGUUGUAUGUGUCUUAAUGAAUUACUGUUUUCCAUUGUUUAUUCUUGAAGUAACUUUUGUAUAAAAGCAUUUAUGUUUGUGA